AUGUCCCAUUUUUUCAAAUGGGUUCCUCUAUUAGGCGCCAAAGAUUACUGUAUAGCUUCAAAUUCUUAUUAUCAUGUUACUCGGCCGCGCCAUAUUCUGCAACACCUUCGGUUUGCUUCAACAGAGAGUGCUUUGAAUUUGAGAAAUGGUGGCGGCAACCUUGGUGAAGUAGUUAAAAGAUCACGUUCAACGAUAGAAGAAGCUGAAGCUGCUUUACUAGAUUAUUUUCAAAUGAACAGGGGUUUACAUUUUCUGGAUGCUGAGAAUAUGAGCAAAAAUACUCCGGAUUUUCUUGAUAAAUUGUUGCAAAGGGUCAAUGUUGAUGAUCGUAAAGCUGAAGAUGGUAAAGUUAAGCGUUUGGUGGCCAGGUACUUAAGGUACCAUCCCAUUAAUGAAUUCGAGCCAUUUUUCGAGAGCAUAGGUUUGAAACCUUCCGAAUUCUCGUCUUUACUUCCGCAGAAUUUGAUGUUUUUAACUGAUGAUGAGUUGCUGAUGAUGAACUAUCAUGUUUUGUGUAACUAUGGCAUCCCUCGUGGUAGGAUAGGGAAGAUUUAUAAAGAGGCUAGAGAGGUUUUUGGGUAUAAUUAUGGUGUUCUGAUGUCAAAGCUUCAACCUUUUCAGAAUUUCGGGUUGAGGCAGUCUUUCAUUGCUAAGAUUGUUGCUUCGAAUCCUCGUCUUUUGGUUGGUGGUGGAGUGGAUCCUGACUUGGCAGAGUUCUUGAAGAAAUUAAAGAAUGCAGGAAUUGAAUACGACUGCCUUGAAAAUCAUAUAUCCGGGAAGGAUUCAUAUGAUUGGAAAUGCAUGAUUGAGGUCAUUCCCUCUUUACACAAACUUGGUUUGAGUGAUGAACAAUCACGGCGGAUAAUUACUUUACAUCCUGAUAUUCUUCUCGAAUCAUCCGGGCGCAUUACGUUUUGCUUGUUCGGGUCCUUGUUGAAAUUCGGGGCCACGUCGAACAUCAUUCAAAAUGUGCUCCUCGAGUUUCCAAAGAUUCACCUUGUGAAAUUCACGCGUAAUUUCUUCCGUUGUUGUAAACUUUUUGUUGAAAUCAAAAUGGACGCCCAAGAUAUCAGUAAGAUUGUUUGUUCGCACGCGACCGUUUUGGGAACUUGUGAAAUCAAGAUGGCGAAGAGCUUGAGAAAUGGACUCCACUGCGGUCAUUCCAGGUUGUGUCAAUUGAUCAAUGACGACCCAUGUAUAUUGAAGAAAUGGGUUUGCGGGCUUAAAUUGGUCCCUCUUCCACUGCAGAAGGUGCCUAUAGACGUAAAGAAGGUGAAAACCGAGUUCUUGGUGAGCCUAGGCUUUUUGGAAAACUCAAAGGAGAUCGAAAAGGUUCUUAAGAAGUUACGAGGCAGAGGAACCGAGCUUCGCGAGAGGUUUGAUUGUUUGAUUGAAAUCGGUUUGAGACGCGAAGACGUUAUAAAGAUGGUCAAAUCGAGCCCACAUAUUCUUAACCAGUCAACCGAUGUUAUUAGGCGCAAGGCCGAUGCUCUUGUGAAAGAGUUGGGAUUAUCGGCGUCCGAUUUGGGUGCUUUUCCCAAACUCAUGUCGUAUACCACCAGUCGAGUGAAGCUUAGGCUUUUCAUGUAUGAAUGGCUCAAAGGGAAGGGGUUCGUUCGUGCGGGUUUGACCUUUAGCACUCUCUUGUCGCUCUCGGAUGAAAACUUCGUGAAGGUUUAUGUGAAUCCUCAUCGUGGUGGAAUAGAAUAUUGGAAAGAGCUGAAGAAAAGGGUGUAA